GCAAGCCGCCGGCACCAGCCUUGAGAAACCGGUGAGAAAGCUUGGAUUUCUCCUUCCUUUCUUGUUCUGGAACCCAGAAAUCCUUUCCCCCUUGCAGGAAAUCCGGAUCUGCUCUGCUCCUUCCUUCCUCACCGCCGGCUGCCCUUGAUUGUGGGUGAUUUCUGGGCAUUUUUUCGCCAUGAGUUCCCUGCAGAAUUUCUCCCAAAUUGCCGCCGGCUUCUUCCCCAAUUGCAGUCCGGUUUGCAGCUGGAGAAUUCUGGUUCUCGGUUGUUCUGUCAGUUAGCAUUGAGAUCGAGUGUUUGGUUUAUGCGAGUGAGGAAGUGAAACCGAGGACGGGAAAACCACAGGAAAUGACGAGUUAGAAAGCUAACCAUUUCGAGAUUUGUUAUAGAUUUUAGAUAUAAAUCGUGAUUUUGUAAACCAAAGUGUAUUUGGAGAUUUUAUGAUAUCAGAGUGAAUUUUAAAAUAU